AUGGAGGUCAUCAUCGAUGAGCAGCCGACUCAACGACGCCUGCCUGAGUUCGACGCCGCCUUUCACGAUGCGCUAUCACCUUGCUACUUCCACCACGUCAUCGAUCCCACCGCUGCCACCCUCCGAGUUGAAGUUCUCGGCCCAAACCUCGCAUACACGUUCCGUCACGGUCGUGCAAAAGAGCUGCGCCUCGCGUCAUCCAACAUCACCGCGCGUCUCGAGGCGAAAGUGACGGGCUUCCUCGCCCUCAAGACCGGCAACGGCCAGCAGCGGGUCGUCCUGGCUUGGGCGCAGAGCGGGCACGGCGUCGGCAGCAAAGGCGACCUGCUGGAUGCCGACCCGAAUGUGCUCCCCAACGAUGUCUGGACCAAGAGGGCCAUUUCCAUAGGCCGCGCCCUCGCUCUGCGGAUGCGCCGUCCGUAUGAUGGGAGACUUUUGCAGACGACGGGCAUCAGGUUGGAGGGCGUCUACUUAGGCAGCCACGUCGAAGUGAAGCUCGCUUCCUAUGCCAUCUCAAUCCUCUUGACCAGAUUUGGGAUCACGCAGGACUUGGACAAUAUCUCGCUCAGGGACCUCACGGCGCUACGCAAGGCGUCGUGGAAGGACGGCUCGAAGCCCUCGUUUGAGAUUUACUUUUCGCGCAAGAACUGCAAUUUUUGCGGGAAAUUCGUACAGCAGCUGCAAAACGCGACGGGAAUUUCACUAAAGCUGGUCUGGAGGGAACGCUUAGUGAAGAAGGUGUAUGAGAAGAAAGAGUUGCCCAAGAGAGACCGCCCGCAUCCGCCGCAGGUGAUUCAGAUUGACAUUGCGGAGGCCGAGGCCAUGGUUACGGACGAAGUGUGUAUUAUCGACACCAUCGAUCUUUCAGACGACCUGCCUACUCUCGCCGAACUCAUCAACCUCACCCACGAGCCGCAUGAUAUCACCAACAUCGACACCCACAGCAGCACCAUUGACAUUUCCACUUCCGAACAACAAGACCCUCAGCAGGGGCGCGCCGUGACGGACACAUUCGUCGAGGGCCUGGCAUAUUGUGUCGGCCAAAUCGACGAGUGUCCGUCCGGCGCGCGCGACGCCAUCGUGACCUUCGCCGCCAACAGACGCCGCCGCGCAGAAGAAGACCGGGCGAACAUCAACAAGCCCCUCCCUGCGACGCCCCAGAUGGCACCCCCUGGGUACUCCUCCUCCUCCGCCGCUUCACCUUCGCCUUCGCCUUCGCCAACACCCGAGGACGUUGCACAGGCCAUGCCGUCGAGUGAAGCUGCGGUUAUGAACGCGGGCAACUUGCUCACUCCACCGUCGAGCGGCAGAAGGGCACGCGUUACGGCAUCGCCGCCAGAGAACAACAACACCACCACUACCACCACCACCACCCGGUCGUAUAACCUCCGCUCGCAGACUCUGCAAACCGAACAAGCCACCACAACCACCACCAUCACUCCGAGCAAGCCGCCGAGAGACCGUCGCCCCGUGCUGCUGCUGCGCAAGGACACGGUAAAGCAGGAGGUGCGGGAGGAGAGGCUGGCGAGUCUGCGGCCUGGCGCUGGGUAUCGGCGGACGAGGCGGGUUUCGUUUUGCGUGGCGAUUCCUGCUGCUCGGCCGCGUUCCGAGUCUCCUGAUCCUUUUUAA